CGUUCCGUAAAUAUGCUAAUCAAAAUUUUUUAAGUAUGCAUUCUAAAUAGCGCAAAGAUUCAAAGAUUAUUAACAAACACAUCAAAAUUUUCUUGCAGUAACGGGUUACAUGAUCGCUCAUCUAGCUAUCGCAGAUCUUAUGGUUGUGCUAUUUUGUCUUCCUGUCACAUUAAUAAGCAAUGAACUGCAAACUUGGCCAUUUGGAUCUGUCAUGUGUAAAAUACUACCUUUCGCUCAAGCUUUAUCUGUCAUGGGAUCAGUGGGAACACUGACUGUCAUCAGUAUUGAUCGUUAUCGCUGUAUAGUCAACACGCUGCCCGCAUCACGUUUAUCAAUGAGUUACAUACGAUAUGUUGUAUGUCUCAUAUGGAUGGUGGCAUUACUUCAUGCACUGCCGUUACUUGGAGUUAACAUGCUUCAACAAAGUUCUAAGGCUCUAUAUUGUGUUGAAAAAUGGCCGCAAUUACUUCACAGGACCAUAUACAAUACGAUGUCUUUUGCACUUACUUACGCAACACCGCUGACAAUCAUGAGCUUUUUGUACGUAAAGAUCGUUGGCACUCUAAAUAAACAUGUGAAAGAAGGAAACAAUCGAGAGGGAUUUACUAACCAGGAGAAGAAAGAUAAAGUUCUGCGCAUGUUGUUAGCGGUCAUCAUUGCAUAUGCCUCAUGCUUCCUUCCGUAUCACGUUGUUUUUCUGUGGGGAGAGUAUGGAGAGGGCAUGAAAAGCAGAUAUUAUCUUCUUCUUCACUCUUAUGCAACACUUCUUGUGUACAUCAACAGUGCCUUGAACCCUAUUCUCUAUGCAUUCAUGGGUGAACGUUUCAGAAAUGGCUUCAAGCAAUUGUUGUAUUGCAAGCGGUCAACAAAAAGGACUGGGACGAGAGAAAAUAAGCAUUCUGCGCCAUUGAGACAAUUAGAGACAACACUGUGACAUUUGUGGGCAUUUUCUGAGAAAACACAGUUGAAACAAAGUUGUUCAAUAGAAUUGAACUUUGUAUUCCAUUUAUAACAACAUUAUAAUCAGCACAUUUUUCUUCAAACAUUUGUAGUCAAAACAUGUAACAGCCAUGUAAAGAUAGAUAAUUUUGUCACUUAAGAAAACUUUACAUGUUUUUUCCUUUGAAUAAAUUCUUCACUAUAA